GUGCAUUUUACAAAAUUUUGCGCUCUCUGGCGCCAUCCACAAAUUUUCAGAAUGGCGGAGAAACAGCAAGCAGAUGACCGUGGAAAGCGGAGAAAGAGACCGUAUGCCCACAGUCAACACAAGAGAAGGGCUGAUGCAAGAGAGCUAUGUCCAGGAAUUCAUGGAAUUUUGAUAACUUGCAAUUCUCAAGAACGUCAGUGCUUGACGGAAGCGUACAACCUAUUGAAUGAGUAUGGCAACCGGCUGUAUGGACCAGAGAAGGCAGGUCCUGCCAGUAUCAAUGAUGAAGAGGGCAGUGAGCCGGAGGAGGACGGUGACAUCCAAGCAGCCUUGGCCAAGGAGGUGGCGGCUUUGAAGCAGACAGCUCCCGGUCAACGACGUUUUCAGUCCAUCCGAUCCGGAGCGAAAAAUGUAAUCUUCAUCCGUUGCUCCAAAGAGGUCGAUGUGUGUCAGCUUGUGCAUGAUAUGCUGGAGGACAUGUCGGCUACAAAGAAGGCUAAAGCAAGGUUCUGCCAGCGUUUCCUUCCUGCCAGCGAUGUGUCCUAUGCAUCGAUCUCCAGCAUCACCGAGCAAGCAAAGCGUGUCCUCGCACCUCACUUCCACAAACCAGCAUGCGAGGCACCGACUACGUUUGGUGUUGUGUACAAGUGUCGCAACAAUACUGACAUGGACCGUGACACCAUCAUCAAGGCUGUAGCAGAUGUCGCCGUGGAGGGUGGCAUUGCGCACAAAGUCGACCUUGCCAACCCAGUGCUAGUCAUCUCCGUGGAAAUCGUCAAAACCAUGUGCUGCAUGUCAGUCGUCAAGGACUUCUACAAGUUCAAGCGCUACAACAUCCACUCCAUACUGACGGACGGACGAGCGGCCGAGGAACCGAGCCAGACGAGUGGCACGGCGAAGGACUCGGCUGCUGCGACUACGGAAGAGCCCAGUAGCACACCGCCAUCGGCAGCUGCAGAGGAUAAGCCAUCAUGAACACCACCAUGCUCAGCUGUAUCUCCAUCUCAUUGUUUUUGUGUUUGCUGUCAAUCAGCUUACCUCUAACCAGGCAGUAGCCAGUCCACUUGGGAUGGCAGCACAGUGCUAAGCCACCUGAGCAAACCCAUGAUAAACAAUGCAGCUCUUGGGCUGUGUCAGAAGAGCAGAACACAACUGUAAAUGUGCUGUCGCUCGCCUAACUUUUUAACAUCAGCUUUAAUAGCUGCAUACAUACAGAGUUCUGUUGGAUUGGCAUAGUUGAGGGUCAUGGUGAUUGGAUUCUAUUGUAUCAAUGGUGAUGUUUGCAAGAACUUCUAUUCCCGUUCAUUUUCGUUGCUUUGAACCUGCCCAACCCUAGGCCCUGUGCUGCCGAAACAAUCCAGGUGGCAUCUCAAGAUUCGGAAUAUGACUGAUUGUUUUAUUCUGUUUUCUUUUUCUCCCCGACUCUCGUCCUGUGUUUCUCCUAUUGGUGCGGCUACAAGAAGAGACUAUGAGUUUGUGUACCUACACCAUUGAA